UCUUAUCUCCGGUUCUUCAGGUUAUAUUUAUCUGCGGACAUCGAUGACAGCGACGAGUAGUGGUUAUGCUAGAAACUAAAUGUGCUUCGAAAAGCGGCCAUACUCCCACCACUGAAAUUAGAGGUAGUUUCCAGACCUGUAUGUAAGACCGUGGUUUGCAGUGGCUAUAACCUAAAUUAUCGUGCAUACAACUUGAAGAGUCAAAACGUGAAUUUGCACUCGCAAAAUAUUCGACCACGAACGCAUGUAGCUUCUUUUGUAACGUAAAACAUUUAGUUGUCACGAUAAGUAAUACAAAUAUAUUCCAGAAGUGAUAUUUGUAAUUACUGAACGAUAACGAACAGCUGUCGAAAAAUGAAUGGGUCAGCGGACUCGCACGAUCUCGAACAUACGAAGUUCCUAAAUCGCAUAAAAAAAUCAUUGUACUAUGCCAAGUUACCAGUGAUCAAUUGCUUAAGUUUCCCCAUUAUUGAAUAUGCUGCUGAGCUUUUUACAGAAGUGAACAGUGGUCAUACAUUGGAAAGGCUCGAUGUGGGGGAAGCAAGUAGAAUUUCUAGAAACGCGUGUGUUUCUCCCUGCGCGCUCGUAUUGGCUCUGCUAUACAUUGAGAGACUAAAAAACUGUAAUCCGGAAUAUCUUCAGCAAGUAGCACCAUCUGAGCUAUUCUUGGUUUCCUUGUUGGUGGCCAGUAAAUUCUUACACGAUGAUGGUGAGGAAGAUGAAGUCUGCAACGGAGAGUGGGCAAAUUCUGGCCAGAUGUCUAUCGCCCGGAUAAAUAAACUGGAAAAAGAGUUUCUCGCAGCAAUAGACUGGGCAGUGGCUGUGCAAGACGAGGAUUUCUGGGAGAAGCUGCAACAGCUUGAGAAGAAUUUGGCUUACCGGGAAGUGCAAAAGCGCGGCUGGUGCUCGUACACGGAGGCGCGCUACCUGAUGAAUUCCGCUCAGCUGAUCGCAAUCGCACGAACUUUCAUAAACGUCUCUUCAAUCUGUCUGGCAACCUAUGCCGCUGGUCUAGCGACUUUGCUGGGAUCCUCCCUGGUCGCCCACUUGAUUGUACAAAGCUGCUUGCCCCGAACGUCCCUCGACACGACAAAAUCAGCGAAUCUGCAGGCGAAUCUCGCGCCAACCGACCUGGCCAGUCCCUCGAUGGAUGCGCAAUCCCAGGAUAUCGACAACGACGUGCUUCCGACAUUCAAUUCGUCGACAUGCGGCGUGAUCGCGCGUGACUCUUGCACGGCUGCGGGCACCGACGUAACGAGCUCGCAGUGGUGGCUGCAUUCGGUGACCUGGCUGCCCGAUUAUCGCGACGCCUUGGGGAACGAUCACGCCGAGAUCACGAAUUGCGCCAACAGAUUGCUUGCCAGCGAUGCUAAUUAUUCGUUCAGCUCACUGCAACCUAGGAUAGGCACGACGGAAGAAACAGGAACGCCGCAAGACUACGCAACGCAGGAGUAUCAUCGUAACGUGGACUGGGACGAGAUACUAGAGAUGAUAUCUGCGUUACUGACGGAGGGCUUGAGAACGGAGCAGCUCUAUUACGAGAAUCUCCAUCGGCCAACGGAGCUACGGAUCUACUAUUAAGCUUGAUGGCUAGUGGCUUGUUCGCGUUAGUCUUUCAGAAGAUGAUAUAUACAUACACCUAUAUUUUUUGUACUAACUUUUUGCAUUAAUGUUCGAUACUAACAAACGAAUUGUUUUCAAUAAAAAUAUUCGAUAUUGCGUA